AUGGGUCGUCGCCCAGCACGUUGUUAUAGAUAUUGUAAGAAUAAACCUUAUCCAAAAAGCAGAUUUUGUCGUGGUGUUCCUGGAAGGAAAAAAGCCAAUGUUGAUGAUUUUCCACUUUGCAUUCAUUUGGUAUCUGAUGAAUAUCAACAACUUUCAAGUGAAGCUUUAGAAGCAGGACGUAUCUGUGCCAAUAAAUAUAUUACCAAGAUGGCAGGAAAAGAUUCCUUCCACUUAAGGGUUCGUGUUCAUCCAUUCCACGUUAUUCGUAUCAAUAAAAUGUUGUCAUGUGCUGGUGCUGAUAGAUUGCAAACUGGUAUGAGAGGAGCUUUCGGUAAACCAAUUGGUACAGUUGCUCGUAUUGAUAUUGGACAAAUUGUUUUUUCUGUUCGUACCAAAGAUAAUAACAGAGCUGUUGUAACUGAAGCUCUUCGACGUGCCAAGUAUAAAUUCCCUGGUCGCCAAAAGAUUAUUUUAUCCAAAAAAUGGGGAUUUACUAAAUUAUCAAGAGAAGAAUAUGCAGAAAAAAGGCAAGCUGGGCUUUUACAACCAGAUGGUGCCUAUGUUAAAUAUUUAUCUCAUCAUGGACCCCUUGUCAAACAUCUUGAUCAAAUUAUCGCUCAAUAA